AAAGUAUAAUUUUAUAAGAAUGUCAAGUAUUACAAUUUCGGCAGUUCGACCACGAACAAGUAUCCUAGAUAGAUCUUUAAGUAAAGGAAAAGGAGAGGUUAGCUUAAGUUGCUUUGCUCUUUUAUUUUCAGAACUUGUACAAUAUUGUCAAAAUCGUGUUUAUACUGUACCAGAAUUACAAAAUAAGUUAGCUGAAAUAGGUGCUGAGAUUGGACAUAGAAUUACUGAUCUUCUUGUCAUAAGAGAAAAAGGUGGGAAACGUGAAAUUAAACUUUUAAACAUAUUAUUGUUUGUUAAAAGUACAUUGUGGAAAUCGUUAUUUGGUCGUGAAGCUGAUAAGUUAGAACACGCAAAUGAUGAUGAACGAACAUAUUAUAUUAUAGAGAAAGAAGCUUUGGUGAAUAAAUUUGUCUCAGUUCCGAAAGAUAAAGGAAGCUUAAAUUGUGCAUCUUUUACAGCUGGAAUUGUUGAAGCUGUUCUUUGUGAUUGUGGCUUUCCAGCUAAAGUUACUGCACAUUGGCAUAAGGGAACAACUUAUAUGGUGAAAUUUGAUGACUCAGUCAUAGCACGUGAUAAACAACUAGAAGAUCGAUAAUAAAAAGAAAAUUUCUGCAAUAAAUUUUAUUUAAUUGUAAUAUGAUAUAAUUAUAGUAAACAUAUGUAAUAUGUAAAGUCAACUUAUAGUUCCAAUUAAAGAUAAAAUAAUUCUUUU